GUGAGAUCUCUUGCGCAACAGACUAUACUACCACACUAUUCAUGCAGCAGUAUAAAAAAACAUGGUUCAACUAAAAGCUGUUUGUUUGGCUCUUUACAUAAUAGCUUGCUGUUUACAAGUAGAGGCUGAUAAAUACACUGAUGAAAAUAGACCAUACGAAUUUGGAUUCAGCAUUGAAGGAGAACAACAUAGACACGAGAAAAAAGAUGAGAAUGGGAUAAUUAUGGGCGAGUUCGGAUUUAUCACUGCCGAUGGCGUUUAUCACGUGACUGUGUAUGCGACGGAUGAAAACGGAAAUUUCAAGAUAAUUUCUAUGAAGAACAUUCGCGUGAAGCCCUAUCCAACUGCUUCAAACCAGAGUCGAAGACAAGGACAAACAUUGACGUUGCCUCCUUCACCCCAAGUGAAAACAACAAGUGCAACACAAUCUAAUAAUAAAGAACAGACGCGUAAACAAGAACUAAUUCCAGAACCUGCCAAAACAUGUUCUCAUUGUAGUAUACCAACAACUACAAUCCCAUCACCAAAACUGUUUGCUGGAGGAUCUAUUAAUAAAAAUAAUGAACAAAGAGGUAAUCGAUAUAAUACGCAGAUACAAUCGAAUGGAAACUCUUUUAAUAAUGAACAAAACUUACAUAACAAUAAUGGUCAAUUUACAGGAGUCGGUCAAAAUAACGCUAAUCAAGUAGCUAAUGGACAACAAUAUUCACAAGAUAAAAAUAUUCAGGAACCCUCCAAGGAAUUAAAAACACCCAAAGUGUCCGGUAAUCAUCAAGGUUCUAGUAUAGAACAGACAUAUCCACCAUCAUCAAGUACUGGGCAAAAUAAUUUGCAUAAUUAUCCACAAGGCUUAGAAAACUCUCCACAAAUUGGUAAUUCAGGGCAGGAAUAUUCUCAAGGAAUAUCUCCUUCACAAACUCAAGGACUACAAGGACAACAAGAAGUUCCCGUACGACAAUUUCCUAUUAAAAGACCCGGUGACAUAUCUGGAAACAAAGCGUAUAAUGAAGAAUCGAGCUUACCGAAAGACAAUGUCAAUGUAAACAGACAGCCUAAAAGCUUUAAUGAUAUUUUACAAUCGGUUGAUCCAGAACAACAUUAUAAUUACGGUAAUCAACCACUCAGCUCUCCUCAAUCAGGCAUUGACCCUUUGCCUAAAAAACCAGUUUUAUUUGCUGCUCAAAUGCAAAUAGUCGAUAAAAACACAGAUGUUUAUUAUAAAAAGCCCGGCGAAAUAGACGGUCUACCAACGGGCUUAACUGGGGAUGACAUGAAAACUCUCUUAUACACUUUUAAUUAUACUUUAGGAUUUCAUGGACAUCAUGAAAAAGGUUACACGAACGGUGCCAAAUAUGGAUAUUAUUACGUAACGGGUCGAAAUGGGAUUAGAACGAGAGUUGAUUAUAUUGCUGAUGAAACUGGUUUUCAUCCUAAAAUUUCUCAAGAAGUUUUAGAUGUUCUGUCUGACGACGUACCGAAACCUGAAACAGAAAAAGAUGAUAAAUUUGGUCUGAAAGGCUAUGAAUUCAAAUGGCUUUAUUAUCCUGUCAAUGCGUCCUGAGAAAAAAAGCCUUUAGUCCAUCUUGUUACGUUUUAGGACGUCUCAAGAAAUGUAGCACAGGAUAGUUAAUAGUUCAGAGAUAUUAUUGCCUAAGAAUAAUGAAAUUUUAAGAAAUCAUUAGAAAUACCUUAAAACAAACUUUAACCAAUGAUAAAACGUAAUUAAUGAAAUUAUAUUUAAUAUUUACUUAAUCGUACAAAGCUACACUGCCACGUAAGCUGCCAAUUAACUUAUUUAAUGUUCAUUCAACAUUCGUAUAAAUUAGCUUUAUUAUACUA